AUGCGCUCAAAACACCGCUCUCGCACCUCGUGGCCGAUUAAUUACCAUGGUGCUUUCGUGCGGACGUUGGAGCUUAGCGACCACCGAAAGUGGCUGUCUGGGCCGCACUGGCUCUGCUACGCCCGGUGGCAUUCCCCGGGAGACCGGAAUCCAUGGGUUCCGCUGGAAUCCAUCUUCUUCCAGGCAUGCCCGGGAGACGUGGCGCGCUUCUGCAUGGCCGUCGUUGCCAACUCGACCAACCCCCCGCCGCCGCCUUCUACCGGGCUGCAGCACAUCACCGGGCGGGUGGUGCUCAUCUACGACGCUGACGCGAGCAGCUUCAAGAAUGACGUCAGCGGCUGGGACGGCGCCGCCCCGGCCACGUGCUGGCUGCUCUCGGACCCUGUUACUGAUGGAUACCCCCUCUACCACGAGACCCACCACGUUGCUGCCCGGAGCGGUAUGGAGGGCUCAAAAAAUUGCGAAGUGGAGGAGGAUACUGGGAAGGGAAGUAAGGAGACGAGUCGGCUGGUGAAGCUGGUCAAGAAGUGGAAACUCAACGCGCGUGCGAAGGACGAGGAGGACUCUGCAGAGAAGCAUCCGCUGUCGGAACCUCUCCUGAAGCAAGUUGAGUAG